CCAGUCAAAGGACAAUAAAUGCUCUACACCUCAGGCAUGUGUUGCUUAGCAACAAAGUUAAAACAGGACAAAGCUUCUUUAGCCUUCCCUGACAUGGCUGAGUGAAGAGGCCGUUUCAGUUUGUCUGAAGUUUGUCUAAAGAUUCUCUGCUUACUAACUGAGCUGGAAAUAUGAAGUCUAUUUAAAACUUGGGAGUGAAGUGAACUUAUCGAAGAAUUCCUACUUUGAAACAGGGGUGAAAGAAUCCUGGACAAGAAUGGCUGUCUUACAUUGAUACGAACAAGGACUAACCUCACUGACCACACCGCAAUACUGAUCAUUUAUACGCAACCGCCAUAGGAAGUCGCACCAUGGCGAAGGGGAAGAAGGGUGGACCAAAGGGCAAAAAGAUCACCCUUAAAAUGGCCAGGAAUGCCCUCAGGAUGACUCCUGAUGGAAAACGGCGGCUAGAUCUGAGCAACAUGGGAAUCGAUUCUUUCCCUAAAUGCCUUUUGAAACUGACCGAUGUGGAAGAGCUGGACCUGAGCCGCAAUCAGCUGAAGAAGAUACCAGAGUUCAUUGGUCAGCUCACUAGUGUCCGCUGGUUGGACCUCCACAGCAACUAUAUCGAACAGCUGCCGAGGAGCAUCGGACAGCUGGAGGCCCUGUGCCACCUCAACUUGUGCAACAACAGCCUGGGCUCUGCUGGCUUACCUGCUGAUAUAGGCAACCUGAGGAGCCUGCAAACACUCAACCUGGGUAUGAACAGGCUGACCGCUCUCCCUCAGACCAUGGCCGCUCUGACCAACCUGAGAGAGCUAGGCCUGUUUGAUAACCUGCUCACUGCUAUUCCUGAAUGCAUCAGAGUGCUACCCAACCUAAAGAAAAUCAACACCACACGCAACCCCAUAGCCUACGCUCAGGGAGACACCAAAGACGCCAAAGCGAGCGAGGGGAUAUAUUUGGUCAGGGAGGGGGAUCUGUGUAAGCUCUGCCUGGAGAAAUGUAAGGAGGAGAGACAGAGAUUGAAGCGGAAAAGACUUUCUGAUCAGUCUCAGAGGAGGGGUAAUUUCUCAGGGCUGAUCACGCCAAACUCAGUGGCACAGAGCAAUCAGGAGCUGUGGCGAUAAACCCCCACCUUGCUUCUUGCUGCUCAAAAAAGGGGCCUGACCA